CUGAGCAGUUGAUUAGCGAUGAAGCUGCUACUAUGUGUCCUGCUCGCCUCAGUGGUGGCCGCUCAGGGGCCGCUGGUGGAGAAUUCGAGAUCCGACUACACUGACUUUGCACGGGGGGACUCAGCAGCAGACGGCGCGGCCGCGAGGACGGGUCGCAUCGUGGGCGGCGGGGCGGCGGCGCGCGGCCAGUUCCCGUUCGCCGCCUACGUCAACGUGGCCGGCACGACGGCGUGCGGAGCCGCGCUCAUCACCGACGGCUGGCUGCUCACCGCCGGCCAGUGCAUCUACUCGUACAUGGAGUGGACCAUAUACCUGGGAGUAAUUGACCUGGUAACGACGGACGACUACUCAGUGGUCAUCGUGACCAACUCAGGGUUGGAGCACCCCGGCUAUGACGCCGCCACGUUGAGGCACAACAUCGGACUCCUGAGUGUGCCCGGAAGAGUCUUCUUCAACCAAUACGUGACGCCUGCCGCGCUGCCGCGGUACUCAGACGUGGACAGCACUUUUGAAGGCGUCGACAUUAUGGUCACCGCCUGGGGAGCCCAGGCAACAGGCGGUGCGGCGGCGCAGACCAUGUGGUACGCUUACUUCCAGCCCGUAGCCAUCUGCAGCCCCGCCUGGUCCUACUGCGGCAUUGGGCGCUACAACGAAGCCCUCUGCACGGGUGACUUCGGGAGUCCGAUGCAGCGCGCCGAGUCCACUGGGAACUAUACGCUGGUGGGCGUGGCCAGCUUCAUACAGGGCACCACCACCUGCGAGGGCGCCACCUCCGGCUUCAUCAUGGUGGCCGCCUACCUAGACUGGCUCAACAGGCACACGCAGCUGGAAAUCCUCCCUUGAUCAGUGUUCUGUGUGGACGCUCAGUGAGCUGCGGCUACACAGGCCUGUCAACAUUGCAACAACUGCACACGGAACUUGCGGCGUGCGCUGAUGUAAUAUCUGAGAAACUGUUCUGAGAAUCCCUCGAUUUCUGACUCAUCCAGACAUCGAAACUCAGGAAAACGUGUAAUGGGAGAACUUAAAUCAGAAAAUAAGGCAGUGUACAAAUCGGGAUAACAGUGAUAAUUCAUUUUUAUUGUUCUUGUUGACUGAGUUAAUAAUGCUGAAAGUCCCAAAAGCAGUCAUAUGUGAUUGAGAAGUUAGUUUUAUACCUUUAUUGUGUAGCUGAAGCUAUUUUACACUUUUUCGAAGAUGUGUAAAUGAAAAUGUAUUUGGUGCUGUACAAGACACUAUCCUUAACUGCUUGGAGACAUUUAAGCACAAACGUGACAAAAAAAAAAAAAAAAAAAAUGCUGACAAACUGUGUGAUAUACCACGAGUAAUUUUUUCUAUUACUUCUGCACGGUAAAAUAUGGGAUCAAGUAUUUACAUCUAUGGUGGCAACCUGUAGCUAAUCAAUGCUAUGUGCCAGGCAACAUGCAGUCCACUGAUGGCUCAAGCAUAUUUUACCGGGGGCAACGAGCUACCAACAAUGCAAUGUACAUAGUUUUAGUAUCCCAGUACACAACAUAUGCGUUUACUUACGUAUUAAUAAAUGUACUAACCAAUAUUAAUCUAAAUCCUACAGGGUAUUUUCUGUAUCAAACUAUGGCAAUAGAAAACAAUUAAUCAGUUUACCAUCAGCUGGCAAAGCGUAUGUACGUGUUUGUUUUCAGUUUCCGUCCACAAAUGUAUAUACUUUUGAAGCUAUGUAAUUAAUUCUCUGAGAAAUUACUGCACAAAUUUAGAAAUUAAGACAUUUCAACUGGAAAACAGUUCAUCUAAGCUGCUGUCAGCAGAGGCGCACGUGUUCUUUCUUGCUGUUCGAUCUUUCUUUUGAAACUUUUCCCAUGGAUUGGUCUCCAUAUUACACGAUUUGUCAACCUACUGAAUUCACAGCAUGUUCAAGGUCAGUAUGAUGAGGCAUAAUUGUCUCAGCAAUAAAUAUACGAAUGGA